AUGUUGAAUUUGGCCCAUUGCUCCAAUCUCAAAGUGAUUCCCCCGAAACUUCUACGUAGCUUGAAAAAAUUGGAAGUGUUGUACCUGAGAAACAGCUUUAACCAGUGGAAAAUUGAAGGAUCUAGUGAAGCUAAUGAAAAUGCAAGUCUUGAUGAGUUGAAGGAUUUGCCCAUCUCUUCUCUCGAUGUUCAUAUUCCUAAUGUCUCCAUGUUGCCAGAGACUUUGUUCUUAGAUAUGAAUUUGAAGAGAUACAAAAUACUCAUUGGGAAGCACUGGGAAUGGUGGGCGGUCAGCUAUGAAAGUUCAAAGGUAUUGAAACUUGAGCUUGAAAGUAAUAUCCAUUUGGACCUUGGGGUUCGAAAGUUGAUGAAAGGAGCUGAAGAUUUGUGUUUAUAUGGAUCUAAUGCGCUUGAAGAUUUUCUACACGGUCAUGAUGGAAGAUCAUUUCCGCAUUUAAGGCAUCUUCAGAUUGAAAGUAACGAUACUAUUCCAUCCAUUGUUUUGAACUCAGCACAUCAUGAAGCAGCAACAAACAACAAAUCCAAUAAAAUGUCUGAGUCACUUUUGAACAAGGUGUUGCUUUCAAAGUUAGAGAUAUUGCGAUUAUCUAAUUCAAUCGAUUUGAUUCCAAUGAUAUGGGAUGACCAACUUUCACACAGCUCAUUUAGGAACUUGAAAACAUUGUUUGUGAAAAAUUGUGGCUUUGUGAAAUUGCUGCCCCCUCGUGUGCUGAAAUCUUUAAAUAACUUGGAAGAACUAGAAGUUAGGAACUGUGACAUGUUGGAGUUGGUGUUUGAUUUUGAAGACUUGAAUGAUUACAAAGAGGCGGAGCCAUCAUCAGUGAUUGUGCCACUGAAAAGGUUAACACUAGGUGGAUUGCGAAAAUUGAAGAAUGUGUGGAGCAAUCACUGUGAAGUAGAUGUCUCCUUCCCAAGUCUAAGGCGCGUGGAUGUUUCGUAUUGUGAAAGCCUCACAAGUCUGUUUCCUGCAUCUAUAGCCAAAGGCAUGCUUCGUGAUCUUGAAGAGCUUCGAAUAAGUGAUUGUGGUAUAGAGGUGAUUGUUGCAAAAGAUCAAGUUUCAGAACCUGUUGCUUCUACGUUUGUGUUUUCUAGGCUGACUUCCCUUGCGCUUUUUUCGCUUCAAAAUUUGAAGAACUUCUAUCCACAGAGACACACAUUAGAAUGGCCAUGCCUUCAACGGUUAUCUGUUACAAAUUGUGGUGAAUUAGAGAUAUUUGAAAAGGAAGUUUCAAGUUCAAUAGAAGUACAUGAGGAAGAGAGCACAUUAGGCUCAAAAUAUCCUCUACUAUACCAUGACAAGGUCACUCAUAAUUUGGAGGAGUUGACAUUGUGGGGUAAAGGAGUUGAGAAGAUAGGGAGUGGCCAACUUUUAAUGUACCGCUUCCCCAAAGAAGGAGAGGAUGAUGACGAUGAGGAAGUCGUUUUCAGCAAGUUGCAGCAUUUGAAAGUUGAACGGUUACCAGAAUUGAAGAGAUUUUGCCACUUCAAGUACACUUUCAGAUUUCCACUAUUGGAUAAACUGAUCAUAAUGGACUGUUCGAAAUUCAGAGCAUUCUCUCCUGGACUCAUUGAUGCACCCUCUCUUAAAAGUGUUCUACUGUCACAAGAUGGGCUUGGAGAACAUCAUGAAAUUUGGGACACCAAUCUUAACAAAACAUUAUUAUACCAACAGAGAUUUAUGGCAUCAAGAGAGGUGGUGUUAGAUGAGUAUGAUGUUAGCAUGAUAAGGAAUGACCAAUUUCCAGCGAACAGUUGUCCUGAAGUGGAAAUUCUGGGCAUAGAAGGAUUUGAUUAUGAAGGGGUAACAUUUCCGUAUACAUUGCUUGAAAGAUUUCCACGGUUGACUAAGCUUCAUGUUAAGGAUAGCUCUUUCAAGGAGAUAUUCCCAUCACACAUUGUUCAUCAAAUUCAGCAACUUCAUAAUUUGACAGUGUUGAAGGUAUCCCGAUGUCAUCGGCUCAUCUAUUUAAUGACAAAUUCAGCAGCCAAAAGUUUGGUGAAUCUUGAAACGUUGGAAAUAGAUGAUUGCAAAAAGAUGGAGAAAAUUGUAAAGAAUGAGAAUAAUGACGAUGUGGAAGGUGGAAUCACGUUCAGUGCGUUGAGAAUAUUAGAACUCAGUAGUUUACCAAGAUUGAAAGCAGAAGAACGUAAAACGGAUUUCAACAUUGAAGACCCAGCAACAAAUAAUCAUAAGGUAUCAUUCCCAAAGUUGGAGAUAUUAGAAUUACACUUUAUAAACAGUUUGAUUCCACCAAUAUGGGAUGGCAAACUUUCACGCAACUCAUUUAGCAACUUGAAAACAUUGACUGUGCGGUGGUGUCGCUUUGUGAAAUUGGUACCGCAUUAUGUGCUGAAAUCUUUAAACAACUUGGAAGAACUGGAAGUCAUGGGGUGUAAAAUGUUGGAGACGGUGUUUGAUUUUGAAGAUUUAAAUGAUUAUAAAGAGAUGGUGUCAUCAUCAGUGAUUGUGCCAUUGAAAAGGUUAUCGCUGAAUGAUUUGCCAAAAUUGAAGAAUGUGUUGGGCAAUUCUUCACUAGAUGGUUCAUGCCAUCAAAUAGAAGAACUUAUGACGAAACAGAAAAAAGAGGACAAUGAGGACAAGAAAAUCAUUUUUAGCAAACUGGAGUUUUUGGAACUUCAUGGAUUACCAAGAUUGAAGAGAUUUUGCAGCCAAAAUUAUACUUUCAAGUUUCCAUUAUUACAACGUGCCAUUGUAAUAGAAUGCCCUCAACUCACAAUAUUCUGUUCUGGAGCCAUUCAUGCCCCGCUGCUUCAAAAGGUUCAAGUGACGACUCAGUAUCAACCUCAUCACGCAGAUAUUUGGAUGGCUGCUCUUAAUGCCACCAUCCAACAUCGGUUUACUAGUCAAGAGGUAAUUUCCACAACUGGAAGCAUGGCUUUAAAUGCAGAGAAUAUCACAAUGAUAAGGGAUGUCUUUCCUGAAGUGAGAACUCUUUAUGUAGAAAGCUUCAAGGAUGAAGGGGUAACCUUUCCCCAUAGCUCCCUUGAAAGAUUUCCCAUGUUGAAAAAGCUUUAUGUGGAGAAUAGUUCCUUUGAGGAGAUAUUCCCCCCACAAGAUGAGAUUAUCGAUUUUAUGGGGAAAAUCCCACCAUUUGAGGAAUUACACAUUGCCUAUUUGGAUCAACUCAAGAGCAUAUGGAAGGAUGACUCUCAGCUACCACCAAUUCAUCAAGACCUAAUAAAAUGCCUGGAAGCUGAAAGUUGUCAUAGCUUGGUCAAGUUGGCACCAUCCUCUGCUUCAUUUCAAAAUUUGCGGUAUCUAUCUAUAUCUGGAUGUCAUCAACUCAUCUAUUUGAUGACAAAUUCAACUGCCAAAAGCUUGGUGAGGCUUCAAUGGUUGGGGAUAACCGAUUGUAAAAAAAUGGAGGAAAUUGUAUUGAAUGAGAACAAUGAAGGUGUAGAAGGUGGAAUCACCCUCAAUCGACUAUGGUGGAUUGAACUUACUGAUAUGCCAAGCUUGAAGAUGUUCUCUUCACAAAGUCAGACAUUUGAAUUCCCUGAAUUAGAAGAGGUAGAAAUAACUGGAUGUCCUGAAAUGAAGAUAUUUUGUUCAGGAUUGUUGAAAACACCAGAGUUGUCUAGAGUAAAAAUAGAAGAGCAUGAGAUGGAGUGGAAGGAUAAAGGGGACCUUAACAAAACAGUAGAAAUGCUAUCCUCAGCAAAGGAUAGUGUUAAUAUAGAAGGAUAA